CUCAUCAAAUUUCCUGAGAUUGUUUGGAGAGACUUCGGAGAUGAUGGACAACGGAAAUGAUCAAGAAAUCGAUGUUGGAUCCGUGGUUGAAGCUGUUUCCGCCGAUCACUCUUUUGGUGCUCCCCUCUACGUGGUUGAGAGCAUGUGCAUGCGCUGCGGUGAAAAUGGAACAAGUAGAUUUCUGUUGACCUUAAUUCCUCACUUCAGAAAGGUCUUGAUAUCUGCAUUUGAAUGUCCGCAUUGCGGAGAAAGGAAUAAUGAAGUUCAGUUUGCGGGCGAGAUUCAACCCCGAGGAUGCUGUUACCAUCUAGAGGUCCUAGCUGGCGAUGUGAAGAUAUUUGACCGACAAGUUGUGAAAUCUGAAUCAGCCACUAUUAAGAUUCCUGAACUUGAUUUUGAGAUUCCACCAGAGGCCCAACGUGGAAGUUUGUCAACUGUGGAAGGGAUAUUAGCGCGAGCUGCAGAUGAACUGAGUGCCCUUCAAGAAGAACGCAGGAAAGUUAAUCCUGAAACUGCUGAAGCAAUAGACCAAUUCUUGUCCAAACUGAGAGCUUGUGCCAAAGCAGAGAGGCCCUUCACCUUCGUUUUGGACGAUCCUGCUGGAAAUAGUUUCGUUGAGAACCCACAUGCUCCAUCACCAGAUCCCUCUUUAACCUUAAAAUUCUAUGAGCGGACACCAGAGCAACAAGCAACACUUGGAUAUUCUGCUGACCCAUCGCAGGCUGGACAAUCAGGAGGAAGCCUUGGCGCACCUUCCGCUGAAACAACUUCUGUACCUCAUGGAACAAUCGGAGCAACAGCUGGUCAUCGAGCGAUUGCUCAGAGUAACAGCACUGAUAUUUCCGAUAACUUGUUCAGAUACAGUGCACCUGAGGAGGUGAUGACUUUCCCUACAACCUGCGGAGCAUGUACUAAGCAGUGUGAGACACGGAUGUUCGUGACUAGUAUCCUUUUGAAGUUGGGAUGUCCAUUCCUCGAAAUCCCGUACUUUCAGGAGGUUAUUGUCAUGGCAUCCACAUGUGAGGAUUGUGGCUAUCGCAAUUCUGAGGUUUGGUUCCAUUGGUUUGACAUAUGGCUGGUCUUUAGGUUAUUAACUGUUGUUGGUCAUCCUGAGCAGUUGAAGCCUGGUGGUGCAAUUCCUGAGAAGGGAAAGAAAAUCACUCUCUGUGUCAAGAACAUAGCUGACCUUAGCCGAGACGUUAUCAAGUCAGACACUGCAGGAGUGAUAAUCCCAGAACUUGAUCUGGAGCUAGCUGGUGGUACACUUGGUGGGAUGGUAACAACGGUGGAAGGGUUGGUCACACAGAUCAGAGAAAGCCUAGCGAGAGUCCACGGAUUCACUUUUGGUGACAGUCUUAGUGAGAAUAAGAAGAACAAGUGGAGAGAAUUUGGAUCCAGGCUAACUAAGCUUCUAAGCUUAGAACAGCCAUGGACUUUGAUUAUGGAUGAUGAAUUAGCAAAUUCCUUUGUUUCACCGGUAACAGAUGAUAUCAAAGAUGAUCAUCAGCUCACAUAUGAAGAAUAUGAGAGGUCAUGGGAGCAAAACGAGGAGUUGGGUCUCAACGACAUAGAUACUUCUUCAGCCGAUGCUGCUUAUGAAUCCACAGAGACAACUAAAUUACCUCCAGCU